CAAAUAUCUCUCCCACACAUCCAAAUAUCAUUAGCAAUCUACUUUCUUCUUGCUUUUAGUUGCAGAAUCAAUCUCUCAUUCCUUCUCUCUCUAUCUCUCUCUCUAAAGAUGCUUACUUUAAAUCUUCUUCCAACCUCAAGUGUCACUUUCUCCAUAUCUGGUUACAAGUAUCCAAUUAAUAAUUCACUUUUGUGUCCAAAACUUGUGAACAGGAAUCAAAACCAGAGAACCCCACAUGUUCCAUCUCUUCCACUCACUAAACACAUCUCUCAUCUUAAUGAACCUAGGUGGUUGAGUUCAAGCUUCACCAAUAUCCAUGGCCGCUCACUUGGGUCUUCUUCAAAUCCCGCAUCUCAUAUCUCCUAUCCCAACAUUUUUGGACACCAAGUUGGAUUUUCUUCAAAACCCACUUCUAAUAUCCCUCAAGCAGCAUCUGGAACCCCACAAGAAGCAAACCCGGAUGGAAAAAUUGAGGUUUCAAAGCCCAACAAAUCCCUCCAACUUGCUGUCAUUUUUGGCCUCUGGUACUUCCAAAACAUUGUGUUCAAUGUCUACAAUAAGAAGGUAUUGAACAUCUUCUCAUUCCCAUGGUUUCUUGCCUCUUUUCAGCUCUUUUGUGGGUCUCUCUGGAUGCUCAUUCUUUGGUCUUUCAAGCUCCAACCAUGCCCAAAAAUCUCCAAAUCAUUCAUCAUUGCCCUUCUUGGACCUGCACUAUUCCACACAAUUGGCCACAUCUCAGCCUGUGUCUCAUUCUCUAAGGUGGCUGUUUCUUUCACCCAUGUAAUCAAAUCUGCAGAACCUGUUUUCUCUGUCAUGUUUUCAUCAUUCCUUGGCGAUACAUACCCAUUAACUAUUUGGCUCUCAAUCAUCCCCAUUGUUAUGGGUUGUUCUCUAGCUGCCAUCACUGAAGUUUCCUUCAACUUUGCAGGCCUAUGGGGGGCUUUAAUUAGUAAUGUGGGAUUUGUUCUUCGCAAUAUUUAUUCUAAAAAAAGUUUGCAGAGCUUUAAGGAAGUAAAUGGGUUGAAUUUGUAUGGUUGGAUUACUAUAAUUUCAUUGCUAUAUCUAUUUCCUGUGGCAGUUUUUGUUGAAGGGUCUCAAUGGAUUGCAGGGUAUCAUAGUGCUAUCGAAACUAUAGGAAAAUCAUCCACAUUUUAUAUUUGGGUGAUAUUGUCUGGGGUGUUUUACCAUCUCUAUAACCAAUCAUCUUACCAAGCACUUGAUGAGAUUAGCCCCUUGACAUUCUCUGUGGGAAACACAAUGAAGCGGGUUGUGGUGAUUAUCUCCACUGUCUUGGUUUUCAGGAAUCCGGUUAGGCCUUUGAAUGCGCUUGGAUCUGCCAUUGCAAUAUUUGGGACUUUCUUGUACUCUCAAGCCACGGCUAAGAAGUCAAAGAAAGAUGGAGGUGAAAAGAAGAGCUAAAGCGAUCUCAUUUUUCAGUUAUUUAUGUAUUGGAUAUAAUAUCGCCUUUUGGAUCCCUUUAUGGAAAUUCCUUUGUUUUGGUGUUUUCUUUUUCCAUCAUAAUGUGUUAGCUGUUUGUUUUUUUUUGGCAUAUCUUCAUGGAAUGUGAGUAACAAUAACAUAACUACUUUUGGAUAUAAGAAUGUUGGCAUAGUGUUGCUUUGGGAUCAGAUUGGUACGUUCAUCGCUCAAUGGUAUCUUUAGAUUAACAUGUGGAUGAAAAAUUGGUUGAAAGGUGAAGAAAGGUUCAUGAGUGUACCUAUUAAAGGGUAAAUCAGUUGACAAUGAGCAUCUAAAUAUUUUCUCAGUCUCUUGAUACAGCACAAAGAUUGUUGAUG